UCUAGAGAAGAGAAGAGGAGAGAAGAGAAGAGGCGAGAAGCUCUGCUGAAACGAAGAGCAGAGUUGUCACCAUCUUCGAUCUACCAUCCGUCCGCGAGGUUUUUUGUUGUUCCAACGAGUUCGAGCCUUCAAGGUUCCUCUGUGCAUGAAAUUGUAAGGCAACCGGAUGCAGAAAUCAGAAGAGAUCGAACCAGUGAGACUAUUACCGGACAGAUCGAGGGUCUGGAGGCUCUGGCAGUACUGCAAAGAUUCAGGGAUCUGUCCAGAAAGCGUCAUCGUUGGGAGAGACAGACCGAUUAGGCGAUUCUCCCCUUCUCCUUUUCUUUAAUCCUCUUUGUCUCCUUGAUUCUUUGUUGCUCGGUGAUUCUUUCGAGGGUAUAUGGAGAUUGAGAGGUUUUCAGCCAUUUGAGGAAACUGAACAUUCUUUCUUGUGCAAUAUUUUAGCUUUUUCUGCGUUGGGUUUUCUUUUUCUGAUCUUGAAUGUGUCACGUUGAAUGAGCUGAUUGUUCAGAUGUCUAGUAGCUUCAGGAGUGACUAUGACUCUUCAUUCAAUAUUGAUGAACUCUUGCACUUAGGAAUGAUGUGUACUGAGCUGAGGAGAGAGAAGGACAUGCUAAGAGAAUCACAGUCCCAAAGCACUGAACUGAUCAAAAGGCUAGAAUUUGAUAUAGAGUCACUAUUGGAAGCCCGCUUAGAAGACGGAAAAUACAUUCAGGAGUUGGAAACAGAAGUUAGGCACUAUUCUGUGGAAAUGAGACACUUGCAAGAUCAACUGAACCUGAGAAGUAUAGAGGCAAAUUGUUUGGGUGAGCAUGUACAAAGCCUUGAGAUGAAGCUAGCGGAGUUUGGAAACUUAAAUGACAAAAUGAAAAAGCUGAGGGAGGAACUGGAUAAAUCUGAAUCUGAGCGCAUUUUCUUGAUGCAAGAAUUAGAGAACAGAGCAGGGGAGUUGCAUGAUUCAAGAUUGUAUAUUGAGAAACUGGAUGAGUCAAUUUCAUCUAUGGCAUUGGAAUACCAGUGUGAAAUAGAGAGCACGAAGCUAGAUCUGAUCACCUUGGAGCAAAGUUCCUUUGAGACAAAGAAAUUUCAGGAAGCAGCUGACCAAGAAAAACCUCAGGUGGAUGAGUUAGUGGAAGAGUUUGAAUUCCAGUUUCAGAAUUACCAGAAAAUGAUUGAAUGUUUGGAGAAGGAGAACAAAGAUUUGAAAGAAAAGCUAGGAGUAUCAGAGAGGAAUGCUCAAAUAUUUUGUCAAAAGGUUGGAGAACACCUUGGAGGAUGGCUGGAAGACAAGGAGAGAUCUGGACAUGGUAUUCAAUCUUCUGGGAUCAAGCUGGAGAACAUGUUUUCUGCAUCAGAAGAUAUGAGCACUUGGGAGAAACUUUUGGGCCCACUCCUCUCAAAAAUGGCGGUUGUAGCUGCUUCAGAUGAAGAUUUAAAGGAGAUGGAGAAGAUGUCACAUCAGAUCCAUGAAUAUGAGCUUCUUGUGGAGCAGCUCAAGGAAGAGCUGAGGGAAGAGAAGUCCAAGGCAAAGGAAGAGGCAGAAGACCUAACUCAAGAAAUGGCUGAGCUGAGGUACCAAAUUAUGGACAUGCUUGAACAAGAGUGCAAACGCCGUGCUUUCAUUGAACAAGUAUCACUACGAAGAAUAGUUGAGUUAGAGGAACAGGUUCGCAAAGAACAGAGGAAGUCUUUUAUUGCCACCAGGCAACUUCAUGAAAUGCAGAAAUUAGCUGAAUCAAGAUCAAUGGAGGUUCGUGGUCUAGAAAAUGUUUGGGAGGGGCUCAGCAAAUAUCCGGAGAGAGAUGAAGUGUGCAGCUGUGGUAACUGUCCAAUCGCAAGAAGUAUCUCCGCUUCUAGUCAUACAGAAAAGCCUGUUAAAGCUGAAUCUCUUGAAUUGGAUUCAAAUGAUGAUGACACAAUCUCUAGAGUAGCCAUAACAUGGCAUCCAAAUGAAAAUGAAGGAUCACAGAGAGAGAGAAUCUCUAAAAAACACCCAGUCAGUGAAACAAAAAUUUGGAUUAACUGAUAUGCGAUAUGAAUGAAAUUCUGGAAGAAGCAUCUAUCAUGAUGUAGCUGUAUCUUUGGAUCUCUAUUAAGUAUUAACCAUCACCCCAGUUAAUGGUGGGGUACAAGUUCAACCAUCCUCAAGGGGGGAAGACGAAAAAAAAAAGUUUCAUCUACUCCAUGCUUGGAUAAGAAGAUUGGGUCAUGCCUACUAUACUCUCCCCUCGUGUCCCUGUUACACUUGGUUAAGAUGAAAAAUUGUUGUUUGGGAAGUGAAGUAGUGCAGGAUUGUAAAUGUUUUGGAGCAGUGGA